AUGGCGGAGUCGCUGUCUGAGGAGGAGGUGGCCCAGUUCAAGGAGGUUUUCAAGCGGGUCGACAAGGACAGGGACGGCAAAAUCGACGCCAAGGAGCUGGGCGAGGCGAUACAGGCCAUGGGCAAAAAGCUGUCGGAGGAGGAGGUGAAGAAGAUCAUCGAGAAAUUAGACAGCAACCACGACGGCACCAUCAGCUUCCCCGAGUUCCUGGCAGAGCUAGGCAAGAAGGUGCAGGGCUCGGGCAGCGAGCAGGACCUGCGGGCCACUUUCCGCGCCUUCGACCUGGAUGGGGACGGCCACAUCAGCGUGGACGAGCUCCGGCAGGCCAUAGCCCAGCUGGGGGUGCAGCUGUCGCAGGAGGAGCUGGACGCCUUGGUCAGGGAGGCCGACACGAACCAGGACGGGCAGGUGGACUUCGAGGAGUUCGCACGCGUCCUCGGCCAGAAGUGA